GUUUGAAGAAUUCGUGUGAGGGAUUAAUUAAAGCACGAUUGGCUCAAAGAGGAUUAAAAUCUCAGCCCAGCUGACUCAGUGUGACCUGCAGCUGUACAGUGCUCUCUACACAUAUCAAGACAAACCAGGAGAGCGAGUUUGAAAGAGAGCAAAUAGAGGGGAGGGGAGAGAGGUAGAGAGAGAAAGAGGUAAAGAGAGAGACCAACAAAAAGGACUUUGUCACAGAAAAGCAAUAAGCAUCGGAGUACAAGGGAAAAGGGAAGCUCAUCCGUGUGUUUAUGUGAAGGAAUCUACAAUAGAAAGAUGGUGUUGGAUGUGUUGGCCGUAUGUGUGGUUUUAGCUGCUGUCCUGUAUGUUCUGUAUUACUUCCUCAUCCCUGCAGCUGUGCAAUCCAAUGGCACGCUGGCCCUCAUCUGGCAUGAUGUCAUCAACCAACGAUUCCUUAACAUCCUGACGGGAUCUUCACGGCCUGAGCGCAUGCUAAAAGCUGUUCAGAAGAAGGCCACGAAAGGCGACCCGCAGAGUGUCAUCGAGGCUAUUGACUACCACUGCAGGCACACAGAAUGGGCUAUGAAUGUAGGCGAUGAGAAAGGGCCCAUAUUGGAUUCAGUGGUGAGUGAGGUGAAUCCCAGCACGACUCUGGAGCUCGGCACAUACUGCGGAUAUUCCACACUUCGUAUCGCUCGGCUGCUCUCUCCUGGCUCUAAACUCAUUACUGUUGAAUUCAACCCGGCCUACGCCACCAUCGCACGCCAGAUCAUCGCCCACGCCGGCCUUCAGGACAAGGUUACUUUACUGGAGGGAGCCUCCGGUGAUUUGAUCCCCAAAAUCAAGGAACGAUUUGGAAUAACAUCUUUUGACUUGAUCUUUUUGGACCACUGGAAAGAUCGUUACCUUCCAGAUAUUAAACUUCUGGAGGACUGUGGUCUACUCAAGAAAGGCUCUGUCCUACUCGCAGACAAUGUCAUUUGUCCUGGAACUCCAGAAUAUUUGGAAUACGUCAGGAACAGCCCACGGUAUAAGAGCCAAUACUACCGCUCACACCUGGAGUACACCAAAGUGGAAGAUGGCCUGGAGAAAUCAGUUUUCUUAGGAUAAAAUAAAUCUUCAUUUAGUAGUAGAUGACCAAUUAUGUUGGUAGAUCUUGACAUUGCAACACGUUAAAAAACAAACAAGAUUUUUUUCAAAUGCACCAAAACAUUUGAAUCUUGUGAUAGGACAACACAAACAGAUUUGUGACCCUGCCUGUAAAAACGGCAAAGUCAUUUACUGUUUUCUACAUAAAAUCAUCCUAAAGAUCAUUCUGUGAAAAUAUAACCUUGAUAUCUUUAAUACUAAGUUCACAUCAAAGACGUGUAAUUAAUGGUUGUAAUUUUCUUUAGCCUGGUUUCACAGGCAGGGUCACAUUUAGUCACAUUAAGGGGCGUUUUCCCGGACCGUGUUUAGAUUAAUCCAGGACUAGGCAUUAGAUAAAUUAGGACAGUGGUUAUCAAACUUUUUCAGUGAGCCCCCCUUGUCUACAGCACAUUCCUUCGCAGCCCCCCAAAGAAAAUUUAUGACAAAACCAAUUCUAAAAUGUAAAAUUUUACAAAACAUUUUAAAUCAUACAGUGCUGUUGGUUACUAGCCUUAUUUUUUAGGUUUAUUAUACAGAAUUCAUGAUAAAUUAAUGUAUAUUUUAUAAAAUUUCAUAAAACUGGGGCCCCCUGGCACCAUCUCGCGGCCCCCCUGAGAACCACUGUAUUCGGACAUUUAAGUAGUUUUUAAUAAGUGCAUCUUGAGCCAAAACAACAGCACGUAUAUGUCAAUGCAAAGUGUUUUUAAAUUAAGCAUGCAUUGUAAUCUGGGACUAGGAUAAACUCUGUCUAGGAAGUGUUUGAAUAUCUUUUAUGCAACAUAUUUAAUUAACUAGAUUUUAAUUUGCACCCCUAUAGUAACACUUAAGAUAAAAUAGAUGUUUUUUUUUUAACAGCGAUUGUAUUGUUUGAUACAGCUGGGACAUUUCAUCUAUUAAAUAUGGACAUAACCAUGCCUGUUUUCUGAGCACAGAAUGUCCCAUGAAGUCCUUUAUAUUGAUGUGACUGUAUUUUAAUAAAUAAAAAUAAAAGACGUGAAAUGUGUGUUGACAACA